AUGCGCUGUCUCAGACAGUCAUUGAGCCAGACAGGUCCAUCAUCGUCCACCGCCGCCAAUACGAUCCAUCGCGCUGCCUUCUCGACCUCGUCCUCCCUAUCCGCCCAACCCGUCAAGAAGAAAGCCGUGGCCGCGAAACCCGGCACGAAGGCCGGACGAACAUUGCGACUCUCCAAAAACACACGUGCCGCGAGCGCACGCCCUCCAGCUCCAGGCGAACGGAAGGCACUGCGGAAGAAGAUUGUGCUGAGCAAUACGAACGCACUGGAGGUGACCGGACUGCAGGAUCUCAGCAAGAGCAACAUCAGCAGCGAGCGUCUACAGGCACUGCAAGGCAAGGUGCUAGGCCUGGAGGAUGACACCGUCGAUAUUCUGCGCGCGUUAGAGGUCUUCAAGCCGACGCAGGGAUGGAGUCUCUUUCGGCGGCCUGCGACAUUGGUGAGGAAAGAGACGGCGGAGCUGGCAGGGGAUCUUCACUGGGUGCUGGAGUCGAAUGAGGGGCGGACGGUGAGGAAAGUGCUGUAUGGAGCGCGAGGGAGCGGGAAAAGCGUAUUGCAACUGCAAGCGCUGGCUAUGGCUUCAUUGAAAGGAUGGGUGGUCGUGCACGUCCCGGAAGCGAAAGACCUCACCAACGCGCAUACUUCUUACGAGCCGAUCUCCACGCCGGAGGGUACCGUCUACAUCCAGACCUCCUACACCGCGAAGCUUCUCGAGAAUAUCGGCAAGGCCAAUGAGGCAGUCUUUUCGAAGCUUCAGGUGACUCAAGACCACAAGCUCCCCAUUCCACUUCCACCCAAGACGACUCUCGCGCGCCUGGUCGAAAUUGGAUCCAAAGACCCGGAGAUCGCCUGGCCCGUCUGGCAGGCCCUGUGGAGCGAGCUGCUCGCCUCGUCGUCCAAAGAAGGCAAUGGGCAGAAAGUGCCUCCGAUUCUGUACUCCUUGGACGCCGUCGACCACAUCAUGCGUCUCUCCGCAUACCUCAACGCCGAAGUCGAGCCCAUUCACGCUCACGAGCUGGCUCUCGUCCGCCACUUCGUCGACCUCCUAUCCGGUCGCACUACCCUCCCCAACGGCGGCAUGAUUCUCGCCGCCACUUCCGGAAGCAACCGUGCCGCUGCACAUACUCUCGACUUUGCCCUGCAGCGCAACACGGCGAUUCAGAACGAGCAGGAACCUCCGGCUUGGGAUCCGUACAUCGCACAUGACAAGUGGGUGCAAGAAGCGAUGGAGACGGUGGGAGUGCAGAAGAUGGAGGGGCUGAGCAAAGCCGAGGCGAGAGGCAUUAUGGAGUACUAUGCGCACAGUGGUAUGCUGAGGAGUACAGUGACGGAUGGUUUGGUCAGUGAAAAGUGGACGCUGGCGGGAGGUGGGAUUAUAGGUCAAAUUGAGAACGCCAGUGUGCGGGUGAGGUUUUGA